GUGCCAUUCCAGAAGGGAUAUGGAAAACAUACCGCUGGGCUCAGAAACUAAAUCUCAGUGAAAAUUACAUCACUGAACUACAUAAGGAUUCCUUUGAAGGCCUGCUGUCCCUCCAGUAUUUAGAUUUAUCCUAUAAUAAAAUACGGUCUAUCGAAAGACGUACAUUUGAAGCACUACCUUUUCUGAAGGUCAUAAAUCUUCGUUACAAUUUACUCACAGACCUGAGCUUUGGACCAUUUCAAGCGUGGCAUGGAAUGCAGUUUUUACAGCAAGUUUACCGAGCCAUAUGGUCUGCUGUCUCUGCCACUUUAAAGAUGAUAUUGAGGUUGCCUGCAAGACAGUCAAGCUGCUGUGUGACAGCGCAUGUCUGACCAAUGACACGCUGAAGCACCGGGAAGCAGCCUGGCCGCAGUUCGGCACGGAAGGAAAAGGCUUCAGAGAGUGAAGAAGGUCCUUCAGGUAAACAAGAGAAAUGCUCUUUCUUCUUCUGAAGCCAGCAUUUUGGUUUUAGAACAUGCAAAUGCCAGAGUUAAAACCAUGGUGGACACUAAGAGAAUCUUCCAUUCUGGAAAAGUUCACCGCUUUCUCACUACACACUCUCUCAUGGCCCACAGACCACACGAGGCCAAGCAGAGUGAAAAGCUGAGACAGGAAUACACACACAGGAGACACUUGCGUGCAAAGAGGCCUCCAUUCCCACCAGUGACGAGGUUUGUUGGUUCCCCUUCAGAACGGUUCCUCUCAUCUUCAGGAGACCUGAGUUUUCAGGAGAAUCUUGUCGCUGAAUUAUAUGCUCCUUCAGAACCUUCAUUAGCACGAAAUCCUAUAGAAAACCCCAUGAAAGGAGAUGAUUUUCAAGGAGCAGAAUUGGCAGUAAACACUCGUGUGCCUGAAAAAACUCUCUCUGAAAACACAAUUGAUAAGAAUCCUUCCGCUGCAGGCCCUGCUGUGACUGCAUUCAACCUAAUGUCAGCUGUGAACCCAACCCGGGAGGCAGAAUGGGAGCACCCCAACACAGGCACCGACUCACCCCCCAACGACUUCACCUCCCUGUCACUGUCAUCCCCAGGUGAUCAGCUUGAAACUGACCUAAACCAGCAACUCUGGCCCCUCAUCCCCAACAGUGACUUGAGAAGUCUGGUUGCUCAUGUCAUCAGGAGUUUAAGAACGGACUGCUCUGAGACCCACGUGCAAGAGGCGUGUGCCAAGCUCAUCUCCAUGACAGGGCUCCUGAUAAAGCGGCUCAGUGAGCAGCAAAAAGUCAGUGUGUCCAAGGCCCAGUGGGAUGCAGAGCCCGGGGAAAGUGAGAACUAUACCAAUAAGAGCACAGCAGAGAAGGGUGAAGGGAAAGGUGAAGAGAAGCAGCAGGAGUCAAGAGAGCUCCCAAAAUUUCUAACACCUAACUACCACAAACUGAUCUUGCCGUUAUCUGUGAUGGGAGGAGUCGUAGUAUUUUGGAUGAUAAUUUUCUGGCUGAUUGAGAUUUGUCCUCACAGAAGAGAAGGUGGAGAGUCCUCAAGGGACUUUUCCCGACAUUGGCAUGGGAGAUGCACAACGGAGCAUGAAAAGGAGGAGGCCGUCCCCCAGUUUGGUCGGCCGCUCUGGCUCAGGGAUAUGUACAGACCCAUGAGUGCCUCACGCAUGAGAGGAGCGCCAGCCAAGCUACAAGAUGAAUCCCCAGAUGAGGCGAUUUUAAAGAUAAAUGCAGGGGAGCUCCGAGAAGUUGUCGUAGAGGCGGCGCCCACAGAGUCCACUGCUGAGGGUGAGGCAGGUGGGGCACCGGAAGAAGUCGUCACUGAAUGAGGCCAUCCUGCUUCAGCAGCACUUGUAAAUACUUACUUUUGUGUAUUAAAAUUCCUAAAAUUCAUAACCA